AUGGUCGGAAAAACUGUCUUCGACUGUGACCAUCGGAACUUGCAUCGAUUUCCAAUGAAAUGUUAAUGAGCAAGGCAUCAUUACACCACUGGGUGGAUUAAACCUGGUUUAAUUGCUAUCUGGUAAUCAGUGGUACUUGAUGCACAUAAUCACCGAAUGAAAAUCUAUCCUUCACGUUGGAGAUCGUUGGGCGGAUAACUGAACCAAUCUAUGGCAAAAUACAUUCCACCAGUCAAUGAAGGGAUAUCUUUUUAGUUCAUCGUAAGCAAUGGAUAUGUUAUAUGUGGUAGAUGGAACAGCGUCGAUUAGUUCACAGGUGCUGCAAGCUUACACAAUCCUUUCAACAAACCUACUAGUUUAUCACAAAAUAUUCUUUACAUAUAAUGUUUAACGUAUUGUAUACGUUAAUUGAUGUCCAAACAUUGGUUUGCAUUUGAUGGUGUAUGAUGCAUGAUGUGUUUCACUAUCUCUCAUUGUAGCAGGACUGCCGCCCAUAACACGGAGCAAUUCUUACACUACAUAGCAAAAAAUCGAGAGUUUUACAGGAGAUAGAAUUUCAAUGGCUGUAAAGUAAAAAUACAUCCGAAAGCAUAAAAUAUGUGUUGAAUCAAUUGUAAACAGAUUUUAUUUUUGACGACCUUCUAUUUGAAUCUAAGUUUAUGAAAAUCCUUUGAGCCGUGUCUUUGAGAAAUCGAUCUGAGUUCCGCUUUGGAGUACUGGACCACAAUUUCCGAUACUUACUGAAACUAAUAUAAUUCUGUUUGUUUGACCAUCAACUAACAAGUCUCUUAAAUUAGAAACUUCCGAAUGUUUUUUCUUUCAUUGCACCGUCGCUCAAAAUGACAGUGUGCCAUUUUAAACACACUUUACCCUAUGAAAGCAUGAUGAAAUUUAAAAGCAACCUAUGGGACUAUGAGAUUUUUACCUUUUUUUAUUAAUAUAAAAAAUAGAUAUAGAAUUUGCUCAAACUUUAGAAAUAUUUUCCGCAGCCCGGAGGGCCGAAUGUCAUAUACCAAUCGAUUCAGCUCGACGAACUGAGCAAAUGCCCGUGUGUGUGUUUUCAACUAAGAGGUCGAGAUCUCAGAGAUGGCUGGACCGAUUUUGAUCAAACUAGUCGCAAAUUAAAGGUCUCCCCGUCACCCUGAACGCUAUUGAAUGGUUCUGAGAUAGGAUGUUUACUUUUUGAGUUAGACGAAGUUUUAUGUCAAAAUUUUCAGUUUUUUGACAGUAACUGUCACAAUUGACCUUGAAAACAGAAUAUAUUUUCAGACUUAGAUUCUGCACGGUAAUACCUAUCCAACAAGCCAUAGAUUGUUAAAAUACGUCCAUUUUUAACGGAGAUAUCGACAUUUUUGUGUAAGCGACUUUUCUCCCUAUUCCAGCAGUAAAAGUUUUAAGCGCUGUCCGGCAAAGAAAUGCUUGGAAGCAACAUAAAACACGAUUUUUUAUACUGUUACAUACAUUUGUUUCUAAGUACUCAAAAGACUGUGUACAGCAUGAUAUUUUACCUCGGACCGAUUUUAGCACGGUUCGUUUUUGGCAACAUAAUCGUUCGAAUAUGCCAUAUGUGAACCAGAUGAUGGCAGAAUUUUCGAGUUGAAAGCAAUUCCAUAAUUUUAUUGAUUUAAUCUACUUACAGCAAUAAAUGCUAGAAGAACAUAACAGCCAUAUACCACUCGAAUCAGUUCGUCGAGAUCAGCAAAGUGAAAAAUUUAAAAAAAAUUAAUUAAAAUUAGAUCCAAAUGAAACUCAUAAAAAUUGUAUGAGGCCAUAAGACCUUUCAUUUGAAUCUAAGAAGCUACUUUUGGGCCUUGCUCAAGUUAAAAGUUCAAAUGGUUGUGACUUCUGGUUCCGCAGAUAUGAUAUGAUGCUCAGUUUUCUCGAACAUUUCAUUCCUCGAAUGAUAUCAAUAAUUUUAGGCUCGUUCGAGACUUAAAUUGGAAUGUAGGUCGAUUUCGAAAAUCAUGUCAAGCUUCGGAUAUAUAAUCGCACCAGUGACGUAAUCGUCAAUUUUUUUUCUAUCCGCAGAAUUAUUUCAGAUAGUGACCAAUGACCACGUUCAAAUGUGUUAAUGCUGAUAUGCUUGGUUUGAGAAAUGUGGCCGAAGAUGUGGUAUAAAAGCUGAAGCAUGAUUUUGUGAACUACUCGAAUCAAUCUGAAUUAAUUGGUGUCAAAAAUGAGCUCAAAUUAGUGUCAGAAAUUAUCAUAAUAAAUAGGCGAUAAAUAUUUUAAUAAGACCGUUUCCGAGGAAAGAGAAAGGUAUUAUCACACCACUAGGUUUAAGAAGAUUUUUUUUUCUAUCAGGUUCGGGUUUAAGAAAUUAGUUGAUGGGACUAUCAUUCGCUGACCAGUAGUUCGUUAUCUUCGCAGAUUAAAAUGGGUCGAUUCUUUUUCGUUUCAAAAGAAACGGAUUAUUUAUCGAUAAGCUCACAAAUUGACAGGUAAUAACCAACUUUUCGUUAACAUCUCAAAAAAAACUUUUGAUUUUUACUAUUGCACAUUUGACAUUUUUGGGGCAACAAAAAAUUAGAAUGAUUCUCUGAUGAUUUCCAGUUGCAGCUUUGGUAAUUUUCACUAAUCUGAUUACAUACUGGCCAAUUCUCAUGAAAUAUAUUUCUUGGAAGAAAACAGAGCACGAUUCGAACCGGCGUUCUCCCAAUCACUAGUAGAGUGCUUUACCAUUCCACUUUCGCGAAACUGUGUUGAAUCACAGACACCCAACAGUUUCAAAGUUCCUUACGACAUGAGAUGCGUACGUGUUUUUGAACGUAACGUUGUAAACAGUUGAUUUCUUGGAACUGAUUAUUAGUUGUAGGUGCCAAAUGUCUGAGUACAUCCCGACCAGCAGAUCAUAACAAAACUCUUUCAAAAUUGUAUCUCAUGUUGAUACUUAUUUUUAAUUUUUGUUGUUUUAUUUACCUACGUUCUUAUCAGAAAUUGCUAUUACUUGUUACAACUAGAUUCCGUACUGUUGAAGGGAAUGGACUGUACUGGAAAUGAGAAAAACCGUAAACGUCAAAGCUAUUAAAUGUUAUACGUCCCUUUAUCAAUGCGCCUCUCCGUUUCGAUAAUAUUGGUUCGCCCUAUCAUUGAUAAUUCGGGAAACUGUUAUCAGUUUUAUUUUUCGCAAACCACGUACGUAUUCUAUACCAAAAAUUGUUCGAGCGGCCGAUAUCAGUUGUGUUGUAUUGAGACCAACGCGUUCGUUAGUCGUGGGUAGCGUUUGAGUGAUACUGAUUUUUGGAGUACACGAAUCAUCCUACUGAAAUGCAAACAUUUAGAACCAGCCCGUUGCAUUUGAAGCGUGCGACUACAGAUAAACUACGUGAAAUCUUCAGUAAAUAUGCCACCCACGAGGUCAACGGAGAGCUUUUUAUGACCGCUGAAGAUUUCGUAUGGAGCUUCCUAGGGCAAUCGUACAACGAGGCAUCCGUUAAGCUGUUGGCCAGCAUAGCAGAUACUAGCAAAGAUGGAUUGAUUUCAUUUGCAGAGUUCCAGGCAUUCGAAGGUUUACUCUGUGCCCCAGAUGCCCUGUACAAAACCGCCUUUCAGUUAUUCGACCGUAACGGAAAUGGUUCGGUAUCGUACACUGAGUUUGUCGACGUUUUCCAACAGACAGAUCUGCACGCUAAAAUACCUUUCAAACUGGACGGUCCAUUCAUACAGCUCUACUUCGGAAAGGACAGACAGCGGAUGAUUAGUUAUGUCGAAUUUGCCCAGUUUCUACAUGACUUUCACGAGGAAUGUGCGCUGGAAGCGUUUCGCAUGAAAGACACUUCAGGAUCUGGGUUUAUCUCAGCUCUAGAUUUCCAGGAUAUCAUGGUAAACGUGAAAAAGCAUUUACUAACAGCGGAGGUGAAGGAUAACCUCGUUGCGGUUACCGAAGGACACCGGGUUAGCUUUCCAUACUUCAUGGCAUUUAAUUCAUUACUGAAUAAUAUGGAAUUGAUAAAACGCAUUUACCUGAACGCUACGAACGGUAGUCGAACGGAACCAAUCACAAAGGAGGAACUACUCCAAUCUGCGCAAACCAUGAGUCAAAUCACUCCGCUCGAGAUAGACAUUUUAUACCAACUAACUGGAGCGAUACAUCAGACGGGACGUAUUGUGUACGUCGACUUGAACAGUAUAGCACCGGAACACUACACCAAGCACAUAACUCGACGUUUAGCGGAAAUUAAAGCCGUUGAAUCACCUGCCGAUCGUUCCAUCUGGAUUCAGUUGCUGGAAAGCACCUACCGAUUCACACUGGGAUCUGUUGCUGGCGCUGUCGGCGCCACGGCUGUCUAUCCAAUCGAUUUGGUCAAGACCCGAAUGCAAAAUCAGCGAACAGGAUCGUUUAUUGGUGAGGUGGCUUAUCGGAACUCGUGGGAUUGCUUGAAAAAGGUCAUUCGCCACGAAGGAUUUCUCGGUUUGUACCGCGGACUUGUGCCACAGCUAAUGGGUGUGGCUCCGGAGAAGGCCAUCAAACUGACGGUGAACGAUUUGGUGCGCGAUAAAUUAACCGACAAGCAGGGUCAGAUCCCUCGGUGGGGCGAAGUGUUAGCCGGUGCUUGUGCUGGCGGUUCGCAAGUUAUUUUCACCAAUCCAUUGGAGAUCGUCAAAAUUCGAUUGCAGGUUGCCGGUGAAAUAGCUGGAGGGGCUAAGGUGCGAGCGUGGACCGUCGUUCGAGAACUAGGGCUUUUCGGAUUGUACAAAGGAGCACGUGCUUGUUUACUCCGCGAUGUUCCCUUCUCUGCGAUCUACUUCCCCAUGUACGCCCAUACGAAAGCUGCCUUCGCCGAUGAACAAGGCUAUAAUCACCCGCUGUCUUUACUGGUAGCUGGUGCGAUUGCUGGUAUUCCAGCAGCUUCGCUAGUUACGCCGGCUGAUGUAAUCAAAACACGUCUACAAGUCGUCGCUCGCACAGGACAAACAACGUACAAUGGUGUGAUAGAUGCAACACGCAAAAUAAUGGCCGAAGAAGGGCCACGUGCCUUUUGGAAGGGAACAGUUGCCCGUGUCUUCCGAUCAUCACCUCAGUUUGGUGUUACACUAGUUACCUAUGAACUUCUUCAGCGAAUGUUGUAUGUGGACUUCGGAGGUUCACGUCCCGCUGGAUCCGAUGUAAUGCAGUCCAAACAGGAGUUAGGAAAAGUCAAUCCAGAUCACAUUGGUGGAUACCACGCGGCUGUGCCGAUGCUAAAUGGAAUAGAAACAAAAUUCGGACUUAGCUUACCACGGUUUGCUUCAACGCUGAAACUGUCGCCAAAACAACAAGCUUCUUGAUCCCGUAGAAGCUGAGAGGGAAUCAACAACGGGAACAAACGAUGGAGCAAUUUCUUUUGGUAAUGAAUGAAGAAAACACGUCCCGUAUGUGAAAUUUGCGUAAUGUUUACGACACCGCAAAACGUAGAUUUUCUGUUAGGUUACUAGCUAGAGUUAGGAUGGUUUGAUCCUAAGCUGAGUUAUGUGACAAAAUUACAUAAUUUGUUAGAAUACUGGUACAGCUUUAGUUUGAACGAUGUUUUCAGAUAAUUACACAUGUAAUUAAUUGCCAACUAGUUGAGUGAGAUUAGUAAUUCAGAUUGAUACGUUUUGUUAGGAUUAUACUAAUCUAUAGACAUUAAUUAUUUGAACUGCAUUUGUUUCAUUGUUAAACUCGUGACUGUGUUAUGCAUUGUUUUAUAAGAAAGUAAGCGACAGUUUAUAGAUAAGUACAGAAAAUUGAAUCAAAACUGCCUAAAAAUCAUAUAUUUGCUUAAGACAUAAAGUUGAUCAUUUGUUCUGGAAAGAAUGCAACAGGGAAAUUAUACUUACUGGAACCAUUGGAACAUUUUCUUCUCAAAUCGUUGAUCUGAGGAAUUCAUUUCGGCAAUCCGGGAAAUUCACCGAGACUACUUCCCAAAAUAUUUUAGACAGAUUUAUCACAAUAUAUGAAACUAAUGUUGAUUCAAAGCAUAUUCUGAUAAAUCUUAAUAUUUAUGUGCAUGCUUUGUGAAACUUUAAGCUUGAUUCCAAAAACUAUGUCAAUGAUAUUUUGGAACGAUAAUGAUCCAUCCAUAACUAUACAUGAUUUAAACUACUCGAACUAAUUGUUGUUUGGAAACUAAACCCAAAACUGUUUUCAAAGACUUGUAUCGCUGUUGACACAUAAAAUCUGAGGCAAUUAUAAUCUAGAAGCUGCUUUGUUUUCUAAGCAACAAAUAAUCAAUCAAACUCUGCCUAUUGACCCUAUUUCGAAAAGACAUUGUGAAGCGAAGCACAAAUUAACCCAGACCCUGUUCCACGAUGUCGGUCAUCUUAUUAUUAAACAGAAUGCAGAAUUAUAUUCAAACACUACAGUCAAAUAUAUAAACGAAGAUACCUCCAAAAUUUGUCAUGCUAGUUGUCAAGCUACGAAGCUGCAGCAAUUGAUAAAACCUUUCAAAUAUUGUACCAAAAAAAUCCUGAACCAAAUUAUUUAAUGCGCAAAGCCGGUUGAGUUUCUCGCGACUACUUCCGACCCAUAAAACCUCAUACCAUUCCAUAUUCUUACCCGUAACCGUAGUAAGCAAAUAAAUCUUUGUAUAAUAUUUCUCUGCGAUCAAUGUUUGACCAUCGAUUCGUUUGUCGAACUCAGCAUCACCUAGCUCUGGAAUACCCGGUAAGCUCAAUAAAUCUCCAUUCCAGGCAGGCAGUUACGGGUUUAGUAAAUACAGAUACAAUCACUAGCAAGCCUCGAUCUGUUAGUGAUGUUAGGGUAUGAACAAAAAAAAUUAAGAAAUAUCAAUAGCUGAACUUAAGCACUUCAAUUUUGAUAUUUCGUAUUGUCCGAUUGAAAUAGCGUGGAGCUAGGUCCGAAUAUGAGGACUACUUUAAAACUUACCGACCAAGCUCCCGGAGUUUCUGAAGAGUCUCUUAAUACGUGUGUGGCCUGGCGUUGUCCUGAUAGAACACGACACCUCUUCUGUUUGUCAAUUCUGGGCGUCAAUUAUAGCGUCCAGUUGUUAACAAUAAAGGUCCUAAUUUAGUAUUUCACCAAGAAAUUUGUUAUUAGACUUUCGUAUUGAACGCUCUGUAACCCUAAGUAUGCUAAGAACAAAAGAAAGAAUUGUGCGAUAUGUCACCUUCGGGUUCGGGUUCGGGUUCAGCAAAAAUAUUUUGGCCAGAUUCAGGCCGGGUGCGGGUGACCAAAGAUUUUGUCGGGUUCGGGACGAGUACCGGUAAAGAUUUUCACUUUUUACCGAGUACAAUUCGGAUUAGGGUUUAGAAGAACAUUUAUUUUCGGUUUCGGGUAGGGUGCGGAUAAGUUUUUGUUUUAUUUCCGAUCGGGUUCGGGUUUAAGAAAUUGCUUACCCGACCAUCUCUACUUGGCAACAAGCACAAAUCUGAAAUUGUUUAAUCGAUAAUUUACGAAAUAUCGAAUACUAGAUUCAUCUACUGAAACAUGAUUUUUUACUCCAACCCAUGGUUAAAUAGUUCUCUGAGUAGCCGAAAACUUUUUUGAUUCGUAUUGGUAAGUUUCGCUCUUACAAUAGUUAUGGUUAUUUCGCGGUUUUAUAAAUUCCUGGAAAUAGAAACAAUAAAAAAAUUUGGUAUCUUUACAAACCUGGUGAUUGCUGCACAGAACGAUCAGUCAUCAUAAUUUCAUCCAAUUUCCACAAACAAGGGGCAUUUAAUGUCUUACCGGAUUUAGUAAUGAAAAAUCAAGUGAGUAGAUAAUUUCAAAAUGAAUGUAUUUUCAAAUGAUUUUCAAAGAAUUUUACACAUAUUCAACAAUAUUUCUAUUAAAAAUAACUACUAGAUUAAAGAACUCUGUACUCAAGCGGUUUUUAUCGUAACACAACAAAUUUCAUAGUUUCUACACCAUAAAUUUCAAAAUAGUACGAAACACCUGAGAGAAGUUUGAGAUUUUUUAUUGGUACGUCAGAGUCGCGAAGUUCUAUUUCUACUGGAAGAAAAGUUUUUAUUAGAUGUUUUUAGGCAGUCAACCAUCGAUGAUCUCGGUAAAACAGAUUGAAAAAAAGAAGUGUCCAUUAUUCAAAACAAUUCGAACAAAUUUUAUAUAUGGUUUGCCUAUCUUUUGUCGAGAACGUUAGAUUUGUUAUUCUUUAAAUUGUUAACUCACUCCAGCUUCUAUUUCCAUCGGCUUUAUUUAGAAAAUUCAGUUUAUAUGAAAUAUAAAUCAAUAGGUAAAUAAGAAUAUGGUUACACUAAAAAUAUGAAGUCAAGCAUGAAGAAUUUUUUACUCGUUAUGUUGCAUUUCUGCAACUAAUAAAUCGUUAUCUACACACAAUAGGAAAUUAAAACUUACCUCACGAGCUCAUUCAAAAUAAUACAUUUCAAUCGAGAUUGUUUGGUAACAUGAAAUCCCACGACAGGAAGUUGAAUUGUUUUGGUAGCACAACUUUUAUAGUGCCUGUUAUAUUGUUUAGUAAUUAUUCGAACAAAGUUCACACGAUGUAACUGAGACAUUAUUUCUGGAUAACAAUUUUUUAUUCAUUAUUGAAUUGAUUAUAAUUUAUUUCCCGAAGAAGCAAAUGCAAGUAAGUCAAAUCAAGAAUGUAAGAUGCACCUGAAUAAGAGUUAUAGGAAAAUAUAGUAAAUAUAGAAAGCUCAAAUAAAUAAAUCGAGCCUUGAUUACUGA